CUCCUCUGGUCUGCACACUGUGACCCAGAAACAUUGGUCUAAUGGUUAAAAAGGAAUAAGUGACUGGAGGUAAUUCAUCAGUAGAUCGCAGGCUACCCGGGGGUGUGCCUACACUUACUGGGGUCUAUAUAUUGAGAUGUUUUGGCCGGUGGCUUUAAGUAAAUGAGAGAGAAGCUGCCCAGGGAAAACUCACCACAGCGCUCCCCCCACACUUUGACAACACCACAUGCUCCAGGACGCCACCAUGGAUUCCUGCUUGCGCGCACUUUGCAUGACUUUUGUCCUUGCCUCGUUCACCAGGAGGUCAGGUGCGGUCGAAACUGUCAUCAGAUGCGAGCCAUGUGACGCUGCGGCGCGCCUUUUGUGCAAACCUUUGCCCAAGGACUGCGCCGAGAGAGUCCGAGAACCGGGCUGCGGCUGCUGCAUGACGUGCGCCCUCAGCUUCGGUCAGCCGUGCGGCGUGUACACCGGCAGAUGCGGCUCGGGACUGAGCUGUCAGCACCAGCCCGGUGAGACCAAACCUCUGCAGGCUCUGCUGGACGGACGGGGCAUCUGUGCCAACGCUACAAACAAGAGAAUAGCCGUCAGACCGACGCCUCCCGUCAAUGAACUGCCAGCCGAGAUCCAGGAAACUCAGGAGGACGAUCGUAAUUCCACUGAUUCAGGCCUUCAGAGAUUUUACAGCACCCACAGAGCUGCGGCACCCCUCAGACCCCUGCUUCCUCCUUACAUGACGUCUGCCAAGUCUGAAGCUGUGAGACAGGAGCAGCAGAAGCGAGCCCAGAGAUUCAAAAUGGAGGCACUGCCUGGACCACUUAUCACAGACCAACAAAACUUCUCUCUAGAGGAGCCUGAGUAUGGUCCCUGUCGGAGGGAGAUCGAAAGCAUUUUCAGCAGCCUGAAGAUCACAGACAUCCUCAGUCCCAGAGGUUUCCGCAUUCCAAACUGUGACAAGAAGGGCUUCUAUAAGAAAAAGCAGUGCCGUCCGUCCAAAGGCCAAAAGCGUGGCUUCUGCUGGUGUGUGGACAAAUAUGGACAGCCUCUGCCAGGUUUUGAUGGGAAGGAGCGCGGAGACACCCAGCACUAUAACUCCGGGAGCCAAUAGGAGCGGAAGAGGACGGCGGGAGGGAAGGUGGGAGUGAGAGCAGGAGGAAUAGUAAACAAACGGACACAUUGAGGAUGUUGGGAGAUGGGUCGAGAGAUGGCUGCACCACAUGUGGAUGUUUGCUAUUUCUAUCUGUUGCCAGUGGGACCUUUUUUCUGAGGCAGCACAAGGGAACACAGGAAGAAAGCCGGGAGUUAAACGUGCUGUAGAAAGUGUGUCUUCCGCUGGGACACGUGGACACUUGAUAAGCUCUUUGACUCUGUCCAGAACUUGGGCGUCUGAGAGGACAACAAUGUCUCUCUGAGGCCCUGGCUAUAAGACAAAAAAAAA